UGUGUGGCUUCUUGCUCUGGCCUUAACGAGCAUUAUCUACUUAAAUAAUAGACAACAACAGUGAAUUCCACGAGGGGAAUCGGGAUACAAACACGGACAUGGAUUUAUUCCCGCCACAUUAUACGAAUGGAUUAUAAACGCACAGGAUUCCAUGAAUGAAGAUGCCUGAGGCUGGGAGGUAGAGCCCCCCACCAGAGAGAGCUUGUUCCAGGGCUGGGGCUGGACCCAGAGACCCCUGCCUGGGGGUUGCAGGGCCCUACAGCCCCGUGUGAGUCUGGACUAUGGGGGAUGGAGGAGUCGGUGCAACUGGAGGAGAUGGGGUGAACAAGUCCCAUGUCCUGUUCGACAAGUUUGUCCAGGGGACCACGUUCAAGGGCACGCUCAAGGCCUUCCAGGACCUCUGUGACCAUCUGGAAGUCAGGCCUGGCGAGUACAGGAUCUUCUAUCACAAGCUCAAGUCCAAACUCAACUACUGGAAGGCCAAGGCACUCUGGGCAAAGUUAGAUAAGCGGGCUUUUCAAAAGGAGUAUAAGAAAGGCCGUGCCUGUGCCAACUCAAAGUGUGUAAUCAUUGGUGCGGGGCCAUGUGGCCUACGUACAGCCAUCGAGCUGGCCUUCCUGGGGGCCAAAGUGGUGCUGCUAGAGAAGAGGGACGCCUUCUCUCGGAACAAUGUGCUGCAUCUCUGGCCCUUCACCAUCCAGGACCUCAGGGGCCUCGGGGCCAAGAAGUUCUAUGGAAAGUUCUGUGCUGGUGCUAUCGAUCAUAUCAGUAUUCGUCAGCUUCAGUUGAUUCUGCUCAAAGUGGCUCUCCUGCUGGGCAUUGAGAUCCAUGUCAACGUGGAAUUCAAGAGUCUCAUUGAGCCCCCAGAAGAUCAAGAAACUGAAAGGAUAGGCUGGAGGGCCGAGGUCCACCCCAGGACACACCCUGUCAACGAACUCGAGUUUGAUGUCAUCAUUGGAGCAGAUGGAAGGAGAAACACGCUACCAGUGUUGGGGCCUCAUGCCACACUGGCAGCAGGAACCCCUGUGGAGCAGAGUACCGUGACCUCUCCCCGUACUACUGAGAGCUGCAUCAAUGAAGGGAAGCAGCAGGCUCCCUCUGGGAUAGCCAUGAACUGCAAUCACAUGGCUUGA